UCUUUGGAACUUCUUACUCACUUAAAGUACAAACUAUUUCAAGCUGUCUUGUCCUAUAUCCUCUUACAGCCUGAAAUUCUCAAGGUAUACAGCUCUGGUAUUCUAUUUGACUACUCAGAUAGAAAAUUAUAUAGACUCUUCCUAAGGUUUGCUUUUUACUCAGCAGACUACCCUGAGAAGUAUGUCUUG